UGCUCCGCGAGAAAUCAUCAAAAAAUCUUGUUUACUAUUGAAGCCGUUCUUUUAACCCCGUUUUGAGCAACUAAAUCUCAAAUAUUCGACAUUUUCCAGGAUUUAUAGAGUGUAAAUUUCUACAAGCUAAGAAGAAAAUAUUUUCCGCAACAAAAUAUGGCGGCAACAACUCUCUUGACCAAACCAAAGUCAGAAAUGACCCCAGAAGAGCUUUCAAAGCGCGAGGAGGAGGAAUUCAACACAGGACCGCUCUCUGUUCUCACCCAGAGCGUGAAAAAUAACACGCAGGUGCUCAUAAAUUGCCGCAACAACAAGAAGUUGCUCGGCAGAGUCAAAGCAUUUGACCGCCACUGCAACAUGGUUCUUGAAAAUGUUAAAGAAAUGUGGACAGAGCUCCCAAGAACCGGCAAGAGCAAGAAGAAGGCCAAGCCUGUGAAUAAGGACAGAUUCAUCUCAAAGAUGUUCCUCCGCGGAGACUCCGUCAUUCUUGUUCUGAGAAACCCCCUUGCUACUGCAGCUGGCAAAUAAGUUUCCACUUUUUGUAUUCACUUGGAAUCCCAUGUUUAACAAUCUGGUUCAAAGGAAUGCGACGUACACCUGAAUAUGUUUCCUUUAUUUUUGAGAAAUGAGGUUUCUUGUUUCUUUGGAUAUAUACAAUACUAAAGAUCAUUUUCUAAUCAGUCAAUUAAAUGGAUUGCGCUUUUCUGAAU